UACUUGAAUUUGAGUAAAAUUAGCCAAGAGUACGUAAUUGUGUGGCUACCGGUACCCACCUUGAAUUUAGAAGUCCCUCUAAAAAGUUCUACACAAAUAUACAUUUAGCAUGAGAUUUAAGUGUUGUAUUCUGUAAUAAUUCAAUCACACAAAAACUGAAUCAUACAAAUUUUAAGAUGAUUUGUAUUUGACUGAUUGUCUUUGACUUAUUCUAACUUUUAGAUAGAUGAAUUGUAUCACACUAAUUGUGAGAUGCAUUAUUUGUCUUUGAUUAUUAAAACCUUUACAUAGACAAACUGCACUAAAUAUAGACCCUCAAAUUGUUUGUUUUUCAGUUUCUCAAUUCCUAUUUACUUUUCAACUUCACCGACUUCACCUAUCUAAUCAAAAGCAUUUUUCAAUUCCUCACCUAGCUAACCCACAGUAGUUUUUUAUUUAUUUAUAAUAGUGAUGAAAUAAAUUAACAAUAAGAGGAAUGUUGAUAUACUGAAACUGAUUUAUAUUUUUCUGGGUUGUGCUUACUAAACACAACACAAAGAUCUGGCCUUUUCAUGGUAUGCAUGUAUUGUUAUUGAUUGCAUGAAUUAAUUCAUUAUUCGUGUUUCUAAAUAUUCAAUAAUUAAUAUGUUAUCCAAAAUUUUCACUACAAAGUUUUGUAUCAGUUCCAUCAAAUGAAGCCCAAAUUUUGUUAAGCAUUCAUCCCACAGAUUCCAGACAGUUGAAACUUUAAGUUAAUACAAAGUCCGUAUGACUGUCACUAAAUCAUUUUUUUGUUGUAGUUUUAUCAAAUUAUCAGCGCUUGUCUAAGCAGAAUUGGUUUUUUCUUACGUUCAACAUCAAUGUGCUAUAACUUCACUGCUAGAUUAGGAAAUGUAUCCUUAAUCAUGAUCUUAGUUGAGUUUCCCAUUGAGUUCGUGACUACACUACAUCAUCCAAAAUGUUGGUUCACACGAUAUAUUCAGAAGCAUAAUCUACAGGUACAUCCGAUUUUAUAUUUUAACUACUUAAUUGCAUCGAACAAAUUUGAUUAUUCAAUUUGUUUACCGCUGGAGUAUAUGAUAGUGGAGGGUUUGAGCAGAGUUGUAAGUUUGCUGGGUACUCCCUUAUGGAUGGAUUAAGCAACUAAACUUGGAGCUCAGAUGAGUACAUCGAAGUUAUGUAUUGAAAUGGCUGCAGACUAACUUUUUCCCAACUGAACUUCGGAUUCGUCCGGAAGGCGAGGAGAGGCUGAAUUUGUUUGUCCACUAUUUCAAUAUUCCACCUAAAUGUGAACAGUGUGCUGAGUUUGGUCAUGUUAUGGGUGAGGGGUUGGAGUGUGGCAAGACACAAACUGCUCUGUUGCUUGGGAUUGGGGAGGAACGUGUGGUUAGUAUGGAUACAGUUGAUAAAGGAAAGGAGGUAGUGAACACAGUGGUUGUUCCUUCCGCAUCGGGUGGUAUAGGGGGUCCUGAAGCUCUGGCAUCAGGUUCUCAGGAGGUCUUGGGUAGCUCAGUGGUGGGAGACAAGGUUGUGGAUGCUACUAGCUCUUCUACGCCUUUGAGGAAUGAUCUAGUGGAUGCAGAUGGUUUUCAAUUGGUGGUUCGUAAGGGUAAAAAUGUUUCUGCAGGUCGGGAUCAAAGCAGCAAUAUAAGGAUACCGACUACAGCUGUUAGUUCUUGUCUGCCACUGAAUCAAAAGAGUAUUUAGCUUGUAAUUCCUGCUUUUCCCAAGAAAGGUGGGAAGAACAAGAAGAGAGGUAAAUGAAGUUCCUAUGCUAGAAUCAUAGGGGUUUCAAUGCCCCUGAGAAACAUAAAUACGUAAAUAAACAAGUAGCCAAGUUCAACGUAGAUUUUUGUGCCAUUUUGAAAACUAAAGUACUAAAAAAUAAUGCUGAUGAUAUAAGGAAUAAGCAGUUUAGUAGCCGGAAGCAGUUAGAUAACUAUAAAUAUUCUCGAUCUGGUUGGGUAUGGCUGUUCUGGAAACCUUAUUUGAAUAUUAGUAAAGUUGGAAUGUGAUAGAUUCAAGAAGUUCCCAAUUGGGAAGUAGAGAUUCGAGAAGAAGAAUUUAGAGAUUUAGAGGAAUUGGGGAAGAAUUGAGAGAAAAAAGAUUAGGGAUUUGGGUUUUAGCUUUUCUGAAUUAAUUUUGGAAAAUAAGGGUUGACCCCUUAAAUAGGAGUUUAAUAAUAAUACGAAAAUAACAAAAAUACCACUCUACUCUACCUGGACCCUUACAUCGGGCUUCCAUAAUCCCCCUUCCCUUAAGACACGACCUUACCCUCAAGGUCAAACUUCGGAUACAUCAUCUGUAAAUCGGAUGUCAACUGUCAUGUGGCAUCCUCUGUGGCCAAGUGCUUCCAGCUAACCAAUGCCUCUUUCACCAAUCUACCUCCCUUCCUCGACCAACGCACUGCAACACCUCCAAUGGUUCUAACACCAACUCUCCAUCCACCAAGAUCGGAGAUGGCGUCACCUACACCUUAUCCGCCUCCUCUGUAGUGUUUCACCAAUGAAAUAUGGAACGGCUG